AUGACUGGUAAAAUGUUCACGUUUCCUGUGGCAUCCAACGUUGCUCGUGUCAGACUCCUGCCCUCAAGAAAUAACUUUGCCUCUGUGACAGUCUGCCUUAGGUUCUUUACCGAGCUUACUCGAACCUACUCUCUUUUUUCAAUGGCAUCCACUUCCAGUGACAAUGACUUCUUAAUUUACAAAACAGCAAACAAACAUUUUGAUGCGUGGACAUGUGGCAAAGUCUCUGCAUUUCAUGGCCUACCAGACGAGCCAAACACCUGGUACUCCAUCUGCAGCACCUGGGAUUCCAACUCUGGAUUGGCUCAAGUCUGGAUCAACGGGAAUUCAAGUAUCAGGAAGGUCGGAUUCAAAGGGAGGUUGAGUGGAAAUCCAAACAUAGUGCUGGGACAAGAGCAGGACUCAGUGAAUGGAGGGUUUGAUGCAUCCCAGUCAUUUGUAGGGAUGAUCACUGAUGUCCAUAUGUGGGACUAUGUCCUUUCUGCUUGUGAGAUCCAGCAGUUUGCUAACCACAAAAAAGUCAACCCUGGUAAUGUCAUCAACUGGCGAGCCCUUGAUUUCACUACCGUUGGAGAUGUUGUAAUUGAGGACAAUCAGGCAAAUGGCUGUUUUCAUCGAUGA